UUAAAGUGAUUAAAUGACGUUUUGACUUAAUUUCGCAAUGUAAUUAUCCUAAAAAAAAUGUAUUAAAAUAUCUUCUUCCUAAAAAUUCUUUUAACAUAAUCGUUUUUGUAUUAAAACAAAUUUUAAAAAUUUUUUCAGUUAGGUCCCCUUCUUUUAUUACAGUAAUAUAACACGUUAUUCCACUAUUACUCAUUAGUAUGCUUCUUAGCACAACGUGUAUAUUAAUAUUUACUAAUUAGUAACAAUUUCUAAUUGUUUUUAUUAAUAUUAUUUAAACCAAUUCAUUCAUUACAUAGUUACCUUACAACUAUUUAUAGUAGUUGUUAACUUAUAAUUGCCAUUUUUAAUUAAAUAUUUUUGUAAAUUUAAAUUUAAUUUUAAUUGAAAACUUUUUAUUUUAAAUAAUGAUUCAUCAACGUAGGAAUGAUAAGGAAAGAACUCAUUUAAAAAAAAACCGUACUCCAAAAAAACAUAAAACAUUAUUAUCACGUUCAUGUAGUUGUUUGUUAUAUAUCAUUAAGUUUCUUCGUUUUGUUUAUGAUUUUGUUAUAACAUAUAUAUUUGAUUAUUUAAAUAGUGAAGUACCAAUAAAAAAACUGCCCCCUGUUAAUGAUGACUUAGUAAUUCAAAGUUGUGUUACUAUAGUUAACAAAAUUAAAACCAGAAAAGUAUCAUGUCGCUAUGUAGUUGAGUGUUUCAUUAAGAGAAUUAAUCAAGUUAAUUCAAUUUUAAAUGCUGUAGUAGAUUCUCGCUUUAAAGAAGCUUUAUCUGAAGCCGAUGAAUAUGAUAAAUUAAUAGAGUUGGCUGACACUGAGGAUAAACUUAAUUUAAUUUUUGAUGGCAAACCAUUAUUUGGUAUUCCUUUUACUUCAAAAGAAAGUACAGGAGCCAAAGGAAUGGCUUGGACAUUUGGUUUAAAAUCUAGGGCAGGCAAUAAGUGUAAUGAAGAUGCUGAAAUUGUACAGUCAUUAAAAAAGGCUGGUGCAAUACUUAUAGCAAUUACAAAUGUACCUGAACUAAAUUUAUGGUGUGAAACUAGAAAUAAAGUGUAUGGUCAAACAAAUAACCCAUAUGAUACUACACGUACUGUUGGAGGAUCAUCUGGUGGAGAGACCAGCAUUGUGUCAGGAUGUGGAAGUCCAUUGGGACUUGGAACUGACAUUGGUGGAUCAGCUCGUAUUCCAGCAUUUAACUGUGGAGUAUUUGGACACAAAUUAACUACAGGUUUAAUAAAUACCAAAGGUAUGACAUAUAGAAUGGGUACUGAAAAAGACACUAUGGUAAGUGCUGGGCCUAUAACGAAAUAUGCAGAAGAUCUAACACCUGUCAUUAAAGCUUUGGUAGGUCCAGAAAAAUCAUUAGAAAUGAAAUUGGAUGAUGAGGUUGAAUUAUCAAGUUUAAAAUAUUUUUAUGUUGACGACCCUAAAGAUCUUAGACUUAGUGCUAUUAGUGAUGAAUUACAAAUGGUAUUAAUACGAGUUGUUAAUUCUUUUAACACACUAACAGACUUACCUCCACAAAAAAUAAAUCUUCCUGGUUUAAGGUAUAGUUAUACUUUAUGGAGGUAUUGGAUGACUCAAGAAGAAGAUUCAGACUUUCCAGGUGCAUUAGGAAACCAAGAGACUAGAGUUUCUGUUUGGCAAGAAGUACCAAAAUUGAUUGUAGGUCAGUCAAAUCAUACUUUGGCUGCCAUUUUGAAAUUAAUAGAUUUAGAACUUCCUAAAGUAAAUGAAACUUGGGCAAAAGCUGAAACAGAAAAACUUUCAGAAGAAUUAACAACAUUAUUGAGUAAUGAUGGAGUUUUGUUUUUUCCAUCCUCUCCUACUACAGCCAAACAUCAUUAUGAACCUUUUUUUUACCCUUUUAACUUUGCAUAUUGGGCAAUAUUUAAUGUGUUGAAACUUCCUGUAACUCAAGUUCCACUUGGAUUAGGCAAAAAUGGUCUGCCAUUGGGAAUACAGGUAGUUGCUGGGAAAAAUCAAGAUAGACUCUGUGUUGCUGUGUCUAAACAUCUAGAAAAAAUAUUUGGUGGCUGGAAAUCACCUUUUGCUAUAAAAACAGUUUGAAAAAUAAUUAUAUAUUAGAUUAUUGUGGUUUAAGGGUUUUUUUUUCAAUUUAAAAAAGUUUAAAGGUGAUCUUUUUGUAAUAUAUUUUAUAAGAUGCUCUUUGUAAAUCAAGGAAUUAUAAUAUAUAUAUAUAUAUAUAUAUAUAAUCAUCUAAAAGAAAUAAAAAGGGGUUGUAAGCAUUAAUAAUGUACAUAUCAGUGUUUAUACAAAUGAAAGCAUUAGGGGAAAAACUGUAAUAGUCCAUUUCUGUACAUUUUUCAGGGAAGCAAAAAAAAAAGUUAUAAAUUCUUAUUUUGUUAAUAAUAAAACAAAAAUAGAUGCUUUAGUAUCAGCAAAAUAAAAACAUUUUUUAUCAAAUGGAUCUAAUUACUUGGUUCUACUGCUAAUAGGCAAUCGAAUCAAACCAUGAAAUUAAAAUUAAAAAAAAAAUGGACCAUUCUUAUUUUUUUACUAUAUUCUUCAAAUAUUAGAUUAUUAUCUAAUACUUCUAUACAAAUCUAACAUUGACUGUAUUUUUUAUUAGAUGUAAUUUUAGUAAGAUAAAUAUAAAUAUAUAUAUAUGUUUUUAUA